CUACAAAAUAUGCAAAAUAAAACACACAAAAGAUAUUUGUACUCAUUUUCGAUAUUCAGAAGCCCAGUAAACUUUCAGUAAAAAAUAUUAUUCAGAUUCCGGCGGCUUCCCGGCUGUUCGCCGACCAAAAGCCAGUAAUAGCAAAACCCAGCUCCGGUCACAUGGACAUGCCAAAAGGAGACAAACUUGUUCUAAGGGGUUUAAAAUUUCAUGGAUACCAUGGGGUGAAGCAAGAGGAAAGGAAGCUUGGUCAGAAGUUCCUGGUAGAUGUUGAUGCUUGGAUGGAUCUUCGAUCUGCUGGUGAAUCCGACUGCUUGUCCGAUACUCUAAGUUAUACUGAUAUAUACAGUUUCUUGGAUAUUCCAUCAUACAUGGGAAUUUUGAUGCCACUGCUAGAGGCUCUUGUAAUCUCCUACUUUCUUGAGGAAACAUUGGACUAUUGCCUAAUUAUUAUUUAUCUUAGAGUAGUUCACUUUGCACCUAAGGGCGGGAUCUAGUGGUCUGGAUCCUGAUAACUCAAGUAAAAUCUCUUGACAGCGUGUGGCAAUAAGAAAAGCCCGAAAUUCCAAUAGCUUAAUCAGUGAUAUAAGGUAACUUUCUAUUGGCGCUAACUGAUCUCCUGGACGGUGUUUGCUUGUAAGUUACAGUUUCUUUUCUUGUCUUACCAAAUCUUAAGAAUAAACAUUUUCACAGAUCAAUUUUCUAGCUUGGUUCGUAUGCUUUUUUUGGCGUGAUCAUUCAUUGGUUCUAUCUUUUAAAUCUACAAAU